CAGAGAGGGCGGAGGGAGCCCGCGGCGUGAGCAGCAACCACAGCAGCAGUAGCAGCAGCAAUAGCAUCAUCAGUAACAGCAUCAUCAGUAACAGCAGCGGCCACCGCCACUGCAUCACCACCAUUAGCAGCAGCAGCAUUUUAACCAUCACUGUAAUCAAUAGCAGCACCGUUACUGUUAGCGGCAGACAUUCACCACCACCGUCAUCGGAAGCGACAGUACCAUCACCAUCCCUGUCAUCAUCGUCUGUAGCAGCAACAGCAGCAACAGCAUCUGUAUCGCCGUGAUCAGCAGCAGCAGCAAGGACGAACGGGGAGAGUGAAGCGCCUUCAUGGAGAGGUAGAGGGAGACAAGACUGGGGGGAGACGGGAGGAGCCAGGAACAGAGAGGAGGAGGAGGAGGGAGACACGGAGAGGUGGCAGUGAUUCUGUGUGCCGUGGAGGGUGAAGCGUUUUGCGGCGAGCGCAAUCAACCUGAGCUCGGCCUCGCGUGCAUAGCGCAAGGGGAGGUGGUGGAGGAGAGGGUUUCAAUUAACCAGGCGCCCAGGCUGCUUGGCCGAUCGAUGUCCCGGAGCGAGAUGGUAUCUCCCGGGAUAAAAUUCACGCCCACUGCGUGCAGACUGGAUUCAGAAAUCUGAUCGAGUCGGGUCCGGUCUGCUCUGCAUAUAACGCCGCGUAGACCGAGAUAUGGACGGGUUCGAUCACACUGGGUGAAAUCUGGUCGGGUCAGACCGGAUCGUGCAAAAUGCAUGUAUGUUGAACUUCCUUCGCAUCGAACGGAGCGAACCGUGCUAAUCAAGAGUUGCGAUUCGAGUCGGGUUGGGUAGACUCUGAGUUAUCUCUAAUAAGAUCGGGUCGAAUCGGGCCGGAUCGGGUGAGGUCAAACUGGGUCGGAUCGGGUGAGAUUACAUCGGGUCAGAUCGCGUUGUCUCUAAUAAGAUCGAGUCGAAUCAGGUGAGGUCAAACCGGAUCAGAUUGGGUAAGGUCAAACCGGGUCAGAUCGGGUUGUCUCUCAUACGAUCGAAUCAGGUGAGGUCAAACCGGGUCAGAUCUGGUUGUCUCGAAUAAGAUCGGCGUUGGGGUUGGGUCUUGGGUUGGGUCAGACCUCGAGACGACGCAGCAGCGGCAGCGGCGUCGCCUUCUCUCGCGCAAGACUCUGCGACGGCAGGGGUCAUGACUGCCACGUCGCACACGCCCUCGGCCAGGUCUCCACUCCCCGAAGCCCGUACAGGUGACACAGCGCGCAGGUGAAAGGAGGGGAGGCGGAGGGGGGAGGGCCCACCAUGCAGUGCCUGGUGCCGGCCAAGGGGGAGGGGGAGCUGAGUGGGGAGGGGGAGCACGUGGACAUCCUAACGAUCGGCUUCCUCGUGAAGGACCGAUGGAAAGUGUUCCGCAAGAUCGGGGGCGGUGGGUUUGGCGAGAUCUACGAGGCAUUCGACAUGCUGAGCCGCGAGAACGUCGCCCUCAAGGUGGAGUCGGCCCAGCAGCCCAAGCAGGUGCUCAAGAUGGAGGUGGCCGUGCUCAAGAAACUGCAGGGUAAAGAUCACGUCUGCCGUUUCAUCGGAUGUGGGAGAAACGACAAGUUCAACUACGUGGUGAUGCAAUUACAGGGUCGGAACCUGGCUGACCUACGUCGGAGCCAGCCCCGCGGUACGUUCAGCCUCAGCACCACCCUGCGCCUCGGGCGCCAGAUGCUGGAGGCGAUCGAGAGCAUUCAUGCCGUGGGCUUCCUGCACCGAGACAUCAAGCCCUCCAACUUCGCCAUGGGUCGCCUGCCCAGCACCACGCACAAGUGCUUCAUGCUGGACUACGGCCUGGCCCGCCAGUACACCAACUCGAGCGGGGAGGUGCGACCGCCCCGUGCUGUGGCUGGCUUCCGAGGCACCGUGCGCUACGCGUCCAUCAACGCUCACAGGAACAAGGAAAUGGGACGCCACGAUGACCUUUGGUCCCUGUUCUACAUGCUGGUGGAGUUCACGGUCGGCCAGCUCCCAUGGAGGAAAAUCAAGGACAAGGAGCAGGUCGGCCUCAUCAAGGAGCGAUACGAUCACCGGCUGCUCCUGCGCCACAUGCCCACCGACUUCCACAUUUUCCUGGACCACGUAUCCACCCUGGACUACUGCACCCGCCCCAAUUACCAGCUGCUGAUGUCGGUGUUCGAGCACAGCAUGCGCGAGCGCAGCAUCACCGAGAACGAGCCGUAUGACUGGGAGAAGGGAGGCCUCGAGGAGUCGCUGGCCAGCACCACCACCUCCACGCCGCCGCACCACUUCACCCGUCAGACCGCCGCGAUGUUCGGCAUUGCGGGGACACCCCAGCCCGGUGCGGACGUUCUGCGCGAGAACACGGACGAGGUCCUGCAGGACGAGCACCUGAGCGACCAGGACAACCUUGGGGGCGGUGGCGGCGUUGUCGGGGGGUCGGCCCAGCCCGGCGGGCCCCCACCAAGGGGGGCCGAGGCCGGCGGGCCGCACCUGCCUCACAUGGCCUUCAACUUGGAGGCCGAGACGUGGGAUGAGACGGACUUCAACCGCAACCGCCUGCGCAUCAACAUCUGCAAGACGCAGUGUGGCACAGAGGAGGACCAUAGCCCCGGCGGGGUGUGCGGCUCGCCGCUGGCGCGCGCUCAGCUCGAAGCCGUGCUGCGGGACCGGCUGCCGGGCGAGCGGCCGCUCAGCUGGAAGCUCGUCGGCCUCAACGGGCCCGACUCGGCCGAGCGCUACCUCCUCGCGUCGCUGCAGGCGGCGCGCGCCGACUGUGCCGCCGAGGCGAGGGGUGCGACUGCGCAGGAUGAUCGGGGUGCAGCGCUCCACGGCUCCGGGUCAGCGUCGGCAGCAGGGGCGGGGUCGGGGUCAGGGGCAGGCCCAGGCUCGGCGGGGCACGCGGAGCGGAGGGCUGGCGGGGGAUCGUCGCGCGUGGCCUCGCUCGGCGACGCCGUCGCCCACGGACGCGGAAAGUCCAGCGUCGAGGCCACAGCGGCUGCGGUGCCACCCAGGAGUGAAGGCGAGGCCGUGUCAGGCCCCACUGGCGCGGGCGGCGCUGGUGCCGGUGGGGCCGCCUCCCCGGAGCAGGCGAACCCCAGCAGCGGCUUCGUGUCGGUGUGUGGCGGUGCCCCCAGCGACGACUGGGUACUCGUCGACAAGGAGGGCGAACUCCGCGACUUCCUUCCGAUCUCCGGCGCCGGCAGAGCGCAGCCCGCCUCCGCCGGCGCCGCUGGCCCCUCGCCAUCCGGCCCCGCCGGGAGCGGCGCGGGCCCCGAGCGAGACGUCCGGCGGCCGCUCGCUUGCACGGAGCCGAGCGAGGACGAGGAGGAGCCCGAGGUGCUGCACGUCUCCGACGAGGACCGAGACUCGCCAGGCAACGGGGGGCGGCGAGAAGCCACGUCGGGGUCUGCCACGUCGGACAGGGGUUCCCGGGAGGGCCAGGGUUCAGGGGAGGAGAGGGGAGCAAGGGCGGCGGUGGCGGCUGCGGCCGGCGGGCUGGUGUGGCGGCUGAGCGCGUACCCGGAGCUCAAGUCCACGCUGGAACGGAGUCGCACCACGCUCGGGGUUUUCUACUCGGCACGAGGGUUCGACCCGGCGGGGGCGGCCGACAGGGCCGGGUGGAGGGCGAUGGGAGUGCCGCCAGGGCAGGUGUCCGACAUGCGCACACCGCUGGCCGCGAUGCGCGCAUCCUCCAGCCUGGAAUUCGUCUCCCACCCUGGCGGCAGUGGCACGGUCACGGAACGCCACCGCGGGCCGUGCGGCCUAGAAGCGGCGCUCGCGGCCGAGGUGCCCCGCUCGCUGGCCCUGCUCUCCGACCACGGCGACGGCAGCCGCUCCGAGCGCCGCUCGUCCCGCGCCAGCGGCCGCAGCAACGGCGCCAUCGACGCCGAGCGGCGGAACGGCGAAUCGCUCGGGGCGAGGAUCGCUAGCGCCGCCACCGCCACCGCCACCUUCGUCACCGCCGCCGUAAACCUGCCCGCCGGUUCUGGAGGCCGAGCCGCCGUGGCGGCGGCGUCGGGCCGCACGGCCGUCCCCGCAGAAGACGGCGAGCGCUUCCGCUCGUCCACCAUCAAAGCGGACGCGGACGACGAGGAGGGCUCGCGCACACUCGUCACGUUCUCGCCGGGCGACGCGCGGGGCGCCCGCUCGCUUGGCGCCGCCCUCGACUCGACGGCGCACGACCAGGAGGCCGGGGCCGGCGCCACCGCCGGGGCGCUCACGCCGCAUGAUAAACCGUGGCCGCCGGGGCCGCUGGCGGCUGCCAUCGAGCUGGAGGUGCCCGGCAGAGACGAACAGAGGGGCGGUUCACCGACACUGUCUCGGGCGGCGCUGCAGCCGGGAGGGCCCGCUGGUGCUGCUGAGAGGCUGCUGCGGCGGCGGGGCAGCACGCAGGCGACCGGGCGUGCCUUCAGCCCCGAGAGGGUGCAAGCGUCACCACCACACUCCCCGCAGCAGCAACGCAAGGACACGACGAUGAUGGCAAUGGCUACGAUGUCGUCGCAGGCGGAGCUGCGCCGCAGCUUCGAGGGCGAGUCCAAGAGGGAAACGCUCGCCGUGGUGCCGUCGUCGUUGGCGUUGAGGCCCAGCGUGAGACCGUGCCGCGACGGAGGGCCAUACUACGGCGCCAGCAUCUCCUUGCGCGCCGGCCUCGUCGACUCGGUCACCACGGCGGCCAUGACGACCGUUACGGCUGUGGCGGCGGCAGCGGCGGCCUCCAAGAAGAGCCACAUCCCCGUGCCGGUGACGCACAAGGAGGACGGCGCCGCCCUGCAGCUGGCGUCGGCGAAGGACAAGCUGUUCCAGCGGCGGUUGCACCCCGUCGAUCUAUCGCGCCUGCUCGCCGGCAAGAGGCAGGGCCCCUUCAGGGCCAUCCUGCUGCCGUGCGGGCCCGCCGAUAAGGCGGGGGCCGAUGAGAAGGCCGGCGGGCAGGCGAGCCGCCGGGAGGAGGCAAAGGCCGGCGACGAGAGGGAGGAGAGUGGCAGCCCGCCGCGGUCGCCCACGUGGAGGAGCAAGAUCCCGCGGCCCGUGUCGGUGAUGGCUGGGAGCCUGCCUGGGUCGGGGCCGGCCACGCCGCAGCAGUCCCCCACGCGCACACCCACCAAAUCAGCCUUCGAGGCCAGGUCCCCGCAGUCCCCCCGGAGCCCCCAGUCAUCCCCCAAGAGCCUGCGGGGUGGCCCUGGGGGCCUCUUCUCGCGCCGCUUGCACCGCUCCUCCCAGCGCAGCUCCUCGCUGCCCCCGUGCAGCCGUGCCGCCAAGCACCACUCGCCGACAGGACGCGCCACCGCCGCCGCCGCUACCGCCGCCGCCUUCCAACAGCAGCAGCAGCACCGCACGGUGACCACCGCCGCGUCGGGGCACUCGUCCUGCUGCGGGCCGCCGGUGACCACCGGGGGCCCGGCGGCGGCCAUCGCCGGCCUUUCGUCGCCGCACCGCUACCGGCUGAGCGCGCUCGUGUCGCCGCGCCACGGCCGGCAGCUGCAGGCGCACGUCGCGGGGCUGCUGUCGCCGCGACACGGUGCCUCGCUGGCAUUCCGGGAUCGCGAGCGGGAAGCAACGGCCAGGUCCGUGUCCCCGUCUUCGCCCUGUCAACAGCAGCAGCAGCAACAGCAGCAACAGCAGCAGCAGCAACAGCAGCAGCAACGUCAGCAGCAGCGGCAGCAGCAGCGACAGCAGCAGCACAGCCUGCGCAGCUCACUGCUCAGCACGCACAAGUUCAGCCGCGAGUUUGCUGCCGUUUCGGGACUGGUGUCGCCACGCCACCUGGUCAGCGGCGGGGUCGGAGGCUUCAGGGUGACCUCGCGCAGGGCUCCGAUGGCCACCGCCGCCGCCGCCACCAGCACCACCACCAGCACCGGCAGCGCCAGCCAGCUGCUCAUGCGUGCUCAGGAGUCGCCCACCCACAAGAGGGGCGAUGCGGCAGGCGCCGACCCCACUGGGCUCAGCAGGUGACGCGGUGGCACAGCGCCGCCACGGGAAGAGAAGUUGCCGUUCGCCCGGGGUCGGUUCCGCUGUCGGGCAGAGCGCAAGCAAGCGCAAGCUUAACGUGAAAUUGAGAAGUGAAUACAUUGAUAACGUCGAAGUGGCAGAGAGCUGAUUGGUGGUGGUGAUGACAACAAGAGGAGCAUGGCGAGCGUGAGGUGGCGUGAGCUCGGCACUGCCCGGUGGGGCGAUGGCUAGCACGGAUCGGAUGGGAUGUGCGAUGGAAAUUACGGUCGAAGUCGGCUGCGGUUUUCCAACCACGGCGUCUGAAGGGAGGCGUGAGGAUGGGAAAGGGACGGUGCGGCCCAGGCAGAGAUGCGCGUCAGGUUUUCAUCUGGGCCGGCGAGGAAGCCUGGGGAAAGAUGCGGUUUAAUGUGCAAACGGUGAAACGCAACCAACAGCUCAAACGCCAACAAUCAGACCAAACAGCGUUGCACGGAGACGGGCAGCAGCGUACAAGGGGCAGACCACAUGCGUCUCGACAGACAGAUCUACACAGAAACCAUUGUACGCACAUAAGAGAUACAUCCACGCACACACACAAAUAUAUAUAUACACAAACACUGACGUGCAAUUGUGCGUGCACACACUUUUACACACAGGCACAACUACGCACACAUUCAAACCUCGUUCGCACGCAGCUGAACAAAAAAAAAUGUGUUUCGACUCAUGAAGGCGUCUGACAAAAGGUGGACGGAGAGUUGAAUUCUCGUCAAUCGGGCUCCCCCUGCCACCCUUUACGUAAAUUACCAAGAACAAAGCAAUAACUAAAUAAGGAAAUACCAAGGGAAGGUGAGGGGGUGGGGGGGGUUGCCCUGCCCCAUGUCCCCCAUCCUCAGCCUAACUCCCACACGAGUGUGAAUGCUGUGUAUCUGUCAAUGCCAUCAUGCGGUACACACACGUAUACAAACUCGUAUAUAUAUAUGAUAAUGACGGAUAACGAUUAUAUACAUAGAGAUGAUACAGAACAAUCCACUCUACAUAAAAAUGUCAGAGGUCCUGCAAUGGCAAUGUUAUGCUUGCGAAUUUGUGAUGCACUAGUAUGACCCGAGACGGUUAUUGUAAUGGUUAUUGUUAACAUAUGCAGCCUACGUGCGAUUUUAACUGCUCCGCACAGUCACCGUAUUCUCAAGCUUAUAAGACGCGCCAGAACGUAAGACUCAGCCCCGAAACUUGUGUCCGGUGGAUCAAGGUAUACAAAUAUCAUCUCACACACACACAUAUAUAUAGACGACUAUCAGAUGCAUCCCCCAAAUGUUUGCUUUGCAAUGCAGUGGAAAAGAGUGCGUCAUAAUCGUGAGAAUACGGUGUACGAUUUUUGCGUGUAUAAUGUACGUUACACACGUGUGUGUAUGUACGAAUGCGUGCGCGCGUGUGCGUGUGUAUAUAUAAGUAAGCAGGAAAUGGCAUAUGUGUUAUGCAUUUGUGUUCUGGUAUACACAUGUAUUUGUGUGUAUAUACUUUAUGGCAUUUGUGUAUAUUGCGUACAUUUGUGCAUAUGUAUAUGUACAUGUUGGUUGCCAUGUACAUAAAUAUGUGUACAUUCUAUAUUUUGCCGGGAGUGCUAAAACAAUUCAGAAGAGCAUUUUUUGCUUUUUUUAAGUUGAACAAACCCACUGUUAGAGGCUUUUUUAAUUGUUAAUAAUUUAAUGUUUAUUUUAUUUUUGUACGUGUAUUUUUUUAUUUCGUUAUAGCUUUGAAUGAACAACAGUGUUGACGUUACAACAGUGUAAUAAAUCUUGGCUUAAAGCUUUCGUGACUG